AAUUAUUCAUUGGCAUAUUAGUACCGCUUGAAUAGUUUGCGGAGGCGGUGGUGCUGUUCUGAAUAAGAAACGGAUUGGAAAUGCUGCUAGUCUGAUACAAAUCGUUGUCACUGGACGCGUCGUAACACCUGGAAGUUUUUUUUAUCCUGUCGAUAGCGAAAAAUGGCAAAGCACUUGCCAUUAUUUUUUUUCGGCUGGAUAUUAGUGGCUGUAGUUUUCCAGCGAGAUGGAAUUGGGGUUGAAGGAAAAGCAACGGUUGAACAGAUGAUGAAGACGGGUGAGAUGCUGCGGAGUGUUUGCAUGGGGAAAACAAAGGUGAGCUUAGAACUAGUGGAAGGAUUACGCGAAUCAAAGUUCCCCGACGUGAAAGAGUUGAAGUGCUAUGUGAACUGUGUAUUGGAAAUGUCCCAGAUGAUUAAAAAAGGAAAAGUGAACUACGAGGCCACUAUGAAGCAGAUCGAUACCAUUAUGCCGGACGAGUUGGCCGAACCUAUGCGGAAAGCGGUGGAUAUUUGCCGGAACAGUGCCGACGGCAUCAAGAACAAUUGCGACGCGGCAUACGCUGUGGUAAAAUGUGUUUCGGACAACAAUCCCAAGUUUGUCGUGCCGUGAGUGGGGGUCAGCUCACGAUACAACAAGUGAAAAUUUAUAUAUUAUUUAGAAAGCACUCAAUCACCUAUGAGUAAAAAAAAUGCAUACAUAGCUUCUGCGAGAUGUAAAUAAAUGCUGUUGUCCUGUACGUAUGGAAUGAAUAA